UUAGUUUUGUCUGACAGGCAGAGAGUAGAGGGAAGAAGAUGCCUUUCAGUUCAACAUGUUAACAAGUGACUGAACACGGUUUUCUUUAUUUUCUGUAAAUCUUCUUGAAUUAGCCACUUUUGCACAAGCCAUGCUGCCGCUGAAGGACAAGGACAAACCCAUGGUCCAGAUGCUUCUGUUGGCCGGCUGCUGUGCUCGCUGCAUCCUCAGAUUCUGCUGCGUGAGCGUCCACGCCGCCUACAGACAACCACCACAGAAUACGCUCAAGCAGCUUCAAGCUUUCAUCAGUGAUACAGAAAACAGCAAAUCCCAGGAUUCAGCAGUACCAGAGCCACCUGAAGACCCACCUAGUAAAAGAGCUAAACUGGAGCCUGGUGUGACAGAUGCUGUCUUAGAGAGAGAUGACGAAGCUGCUGCUGCUCCCGCUCCCGUUGUCAGGCUAGAGGAGGAAGAGCCUCGAGUGUGUGUGGUGUGUCUGGGGAUCCUGCAGGACAUGUGUGGCACAAGUCAGGCUGUAAAGAUAGCAGAGGCAGUGAAGGCAGAAAACUACGAGUUUGACACAGUGGUGCUGUCAGUCUCUCUGCCCGCUCAGCUGUGUGUCCGAGAGCACUCUUGUUGGCUCCAUGUGAAGAAGGAAGUGAGAGAGAAGGGCCUGGUGCUUGACAAGGAUGAUGUCAUCCAGGUGAAGGAGGCCUUCAAGUGGAUCAUGCAGGGCCUGGUGGCCAAGGAGCUGGGGGGCAUCGCCGUGGUAACCAAGAGUGCGUUUGAGGUCGGUGUGGAGUUCACUCACCCAGAGACAGACGCUGACUGUCACUUCCUAGCAGCAGUGUGUCACGACUGCUUCAAAACCACCAAGGACAAACAGUUGGUGUUCACCAGGAUGGCUGUGGUCAAAGCUCUGGAAAAGAUACCCGAUUUCAAGUUUCUGAAACACUACCCAUGUCCUCCAGCGCAACCGACCAGCAGCUGCAGCCCCCAGGACGUCCGGUGCCUCCAUGGGUCUGUCUUUGUAGCAGGGAGAUACAACAAGUUCUGCCGCAGCCUGCCUCAGACGCCCUGGGUGAUCGAUGGAGAGAGGAGGAUGGAGUCCUCGGUGGAGGAGCUGAUCGCAGCGCCUCUCCUGGCUGCCUUCAGAGCUGACGGUUUUAACUUCUCCUCAUCUGGCAGGGAGGAUGUGGAUGUCCGCACCCUUGGAAAUGGUCGUCCGUUUGCGAUGGAGCUGCUGAAUCCUCACAGAUCCAGAUUCAACAGAGCAGAGAUGAAGCAGUUGCAGGAGACCAUUAAUAAGUCUUCAGACAAAAUCAGAGUGAGAGACCUGCAGAUUGUGACCAGACAGGCCAUGAGUCGGAUGAAGGAGGGCGAGGAGGAGAAAACCAAGUCGUACACGGCACUGAUCUGGACCCAAAAACCCAUUCAGAGAGAGGACAUCACCUUCAUCGACGACAUCAAGGAUCUCACUGUGGACCAGAAGACUCCCCUGAGGGUUCUGCACCGCCGGGCGCUGGCCGUCCGACCGCGAGUCAUCCACAGCAUGAACGCCCGCUUCCUGGACCCACAUCACUUCUACCUGGGACUGAAGACGCAGGCCGGGACUUACAUCAAGGAGUUUGUCCACGGAGACUUUGGUCGCACCAAACCCAACUUGUGCCAGCUGCUGAAGACAGACACUGACAUCCUGGAGCUGGAUGUGGAGUCUGUGGAUGUGGACUGGCCUCCUGCCAUACCAGAGUGAACGCUGGACUUGCCCUGGAUGUGAGGCCACAGGUUCGACCUCAGUGAGGACCCUCAUCCAUCCACAGGUGGAUGCUACACCAACUGUCACCCUGGUUCCAAGAUUGAAAACCAUGAAGUUGAGCCCCACAGAGCUGCAGGCUGCUUUGUGAAGUCUGAUCUUUUUAUUUAUUUAUUUUUUUUAAUUGAAGGUCAAACCUGACCAUCUUCAGUUGGGUCACAGAACAUUUUUGAUAACACAUUUUAGUGGCCUUUUUCUGUUUAGGCAAACCAUUUUGUAAUAAGACUUCAAAUCUACAGCAGCCGCAUGAAGCACUAAUGGUCAUUACAGCAGAAUUAUUUCUUCAGACAACUUUGUGGAAAAGCCUGUAAAGUUUGUCGAGUGUGGUGCCAAACAGGGACCAAGUUGUUAAAUCCCUGUGGAAAUUCUAAGGCCUGUCACACUCAGAUCGCCAGACUUCACUGUACUUUGUCGGCCUCAGCUGCACUUCAAGCCUGAUAUUAAAGGGGACGGUUGGAAUUUUGGGAGAUGUGUUUUUUUCACAUUCUUGGCGAGAGUCGGACAAGACGGUUGACCCCAGUCUCAUGUCUGUGUGUUAAGUACAAAGUCAGGAGGCGAUUAACAAACCAACUUUGUCAUUGUCCAUUCAGUGUUUCUGUGGAGCGUAUCACAGCGAUGGCAGCUCUACGCCAAGAAACUCUUCCAGCUUAUAACCGUCCAUAAAAAUCAGACCUAGUCUUACAUUUCUGUUUGUGUAUAAAUUAAACUAAUAAGGUACAACUUGAGCUUUGGACAUAAGCUCACUGUUUCCCCCGCUUCCAGUUUGCAUGAUAAGCUAAACUAAACUAAGAAUAGCCUGACUCCAGAUCUGUCAUCAUCUAACUCGGCAACAAACGAGCAUUUAAAAUAAACGUGCUCAGAGUUACCAUGUUAGCAGUCGGUAUGUCUGCAUGCUAACAUUAGCGUGGUUCCUGAAUGCACCAUUUUAAUGCAGCUGACAAAGCAGACAUGUUCAACAUGAUCUAAUAUUAACUUACUGCUAAUUUUCAUAGCAAAAUGAAGUGAAACUAACUUCAUUUUGGAAAAUAACUUCACAUUUAAAUGCUUAACUCUCUAUGGAGUUUAGGGACGUGUGAAACUGCAGUACUUUUGUGGUAAACAUGAGUGUUUUGAUGUUGGCAACUGCUAUUGUGGUAGUGAUUCACAUUUCAGUCACUUCUCAAGCACAUGUUCUCUGGUUACAGCUUCACAAGUGUGAAGAUUUGCUGCUUUCCUUUGGGUUGUAGAUAAAAAUGAGCAGUUUGAAGAUGUUACCUUGGUGUGUGAGCACCUGAUGGGCCUUAUUUUGUCCCAUAAUUUCACACAAUAGACUAAAUGAUGAAUAAAAAAGAUAAGUGGCAGACUAACAAAAAUGGGACUAUUAAUUAAAUGCAGCCCUUCCUGGUUUAAAUCAAACAUGUACUUUAUUAGGUUCUUGUACAAGUGCUUGUGUUUAGGUAACAGUUAACAUUUGAGAACUUUUGUCUUUGUUCAAUGGCAGAAAAAGUUUUUUCCCUUCUAAGAUAUAGAAUUCUUUUUCUAUUUCUAUAGCAAAAUAAGUUCACAUUGUAAAAUUAUUCCCAGUCCGUCCUCACAUCCCCAGUGGUACGCUUUGGGAAAAAACUAACACAAAGUAAACAUCGUACAUUGUUUAAAAAAAAAAAAAACCUGUGUUGAAGUCCCGUUCUUCAUUUCUGUUGUGGAUGUGAAGCUUUGUGUUGUCAAAUCUGCUCUGGAAAGGACUUUAUUUUGUGACUUUAAACCAGAAGCUCUGGCUCUGAAGGCAGGAAAAGAUUUGUUCAAGGCUGAAAUUAAAAGAGUCACAACAGCAGAAACCCUGAAAUGUGUUUCUUUUAAUUUAAUUCAAAAUAAAUACUACCACGGCAAUGCAAGUCCACCACUGGGUUCUUGCCCUCAUGUUUUGGUAAGAAAACAAACAAGCAAAUGAUACAAAAAGAAAAGAAACAACAAAAAAAAACAGACUUCAGUUAAUGCGUCGUUCAUCAUCAUCAUCAUCAUCCCUCAGCGACUCGUAAGAGGUGCUUUUUAAUGACAUACAAGGUAACACUGCCUAGAAUGACAAAGACUAUGGUGCAAAAUGACAGGGAGGAGGAGGAGCAGCUAGGGAUGAUGGGAUUGGAACAACUAGAUGAAACUAUCACUGCAAAAAAAUAUAAUAAAUAGACAACGUCAAGCCAUGGUCCUGCGUUGCGUUUCUUUCUAACGAGGGUGAACAAGAACAAUAGUGCAGAGUCCACAGUUACAGUCACAUCCUCAGGAAAUUUUGGGAGUCAGUCUUCAGGAUCCACGGUGAAGGGAGAUUUGUUUCCAUGGAAACAUCCUCCACAGAUGGGGGGGGCAGUAGAAAGGUCCGUUCUCUGACAGUCUUUAUUUUUCCUUCUUUUAAACGCAGUUUGAGUCGUUUGUGGUGCUUUUUUCAGUCACUAUUCUCUUCAGCAAAUUUGAAGUACAGUCAAAAGAAAAACGUUUCUCAUCUGGCCAGAUGCCGCUAACGAGGAAAAAAAAGGCAUUGCAUAUUUACAUCAAGACGUUGGGGGUGACUUUUUCUGGCAGUCCUCAGUCUUCGUACAUGAGUUUCUCAUGGCUCAGUUAUCUCAUGGUCUGGGACAUGAUUUAUGAUUUACCGAUACCCUCGGUUCAGAUUCUUCUUAAAAAUGUUUGUUUAUAAAUUCAUUUUUCUCAUAUUACUGACAGGACACACAGGGACAGAGCUCCGUGUCUGGAGCUGGAAGCGUUAGCGUCUGUGAUAAAUAAAAGUUUUUUUUUUACUCUGAUUUAUCAUCUAAAAACAGUCUCAUAUAUCUGUGUGUGAAUAUUUCUGUUUCCGUUCUCUGUGCCAUCAGGGUUCCUGCACAGCUUCAAACAUCCCAACCUUUCCAGACAUGUCAGCAGACCUGAUGUUUGUUCUUGCUGUUUGUCAUGUUUCAGUGCCGUUUCUCUGCACCGUGUCACCGCUCUCACACCAGAGGACAUCAGGAAACAGUGUUCUAAUCUUGUCAGCUGUUGUAAAAAGCUUUUAAGGCCUUUCUCUAAACCUUUCCAGGUGUGUGCAGGAACCCCAAAGAGUGUGUGAAACUGGUUUCAGCCUUUGACUCUAAAUCAAGUUGGCAGUGUUCUCCAAAAACAAAGCAUGUGAUGUGUUUUCACAGGUCACGUUUAGCUUUGCAGUGACGGUAUCGAUGUCCCAUUCAGUCAGCUCGUCUGAAGGAAUCAGAGGUUUUCAGGUCUUUGAGUGUUGUGCACCUCACAGGCCACUAGUGGGCAGGACUCACUGACGUUGUGCCGAUACUGACCAUUAGUCAGAGUCCUACAUAAAACUGGGACAUCCAAGCUGGACUUACUGGUGCCAGGGAAUAGAGACUGGUUUCAAGGUUAAAAGAAGAACAAACCUUCAGACACUUCCAUGAAUUUACUCUGAUCCAAAACAUGGCAGUACUGUGCUAGUAGAGUCUAACCAACCGGAUUAAUUACAAGUGGGAUCUGGUCCCACUGGGGUCACAAGCUGGGUCUUGUAGAGCAGGAGGAGGAUCCGUGAAGACCUGUCCUCCAGUGUCAACUGUCUUUAGUGCUGAGCACAAAACUGUCCAGAAACCACACGACUGGUUCAGUUUGGUUUCAUUUCGUGUUUGAAUUAGUUUUCUGAUGGACCUCAGCUACAGUCUUGAUCAGAAACACCUCCACAUCUAUCAGCUUGUUCAGUAGGAGCGACGACUACACACCAUAAAUACGCAGUAGGGAAGACAAGCUUAUUUGAAUAUUUGUGUCAGCGAUCACCUGCUGGGCUUUUGCUUCACCAGGCAGGCAACAAGUCACUGGGGACACCGAUGUCACAUCCCAUGGUUAGUCUGCAGCUUGGCGAGUUUCCAUUACCGCGGGCUGCUUUCCAGUGUGUUUAGACUCAGUGUGGUUCAGUGUGACUAGUCUAAGGCCAUCAGUAAAUAAAGGGUGCAGAGCUGUUGCAACAUCAGAUCAUCACUGUGUACGACACAUUCAAAUCAUUUAAACCCGUGUGUUGGACGGGAUUUAACCCUUGCUACAUGCAAAGAUCCACAACAUGAAGCGAUGCAGUGAUUUGCAUACACAUGUACAUGAUGCAUCACUUGUAGGGUCAUAUUGACUGACACAAGUGUGGAAUCUGAAACUGUGACAUUCACAAAUCCUGCAGAAAUCCGUCUGAGUGUGGAGCUGCUGCAGCUUCACCGGACACACGCUGUUAAACACAUCACCUGCUCAUCUGAAAAAAAGCCCACACUGAUUUUAUUUUGGAGAAAACUGCCAAUCCCAGUCUGAUUAGUGUGGGAAACUCAGCGGUUUCCUGUUUGAGUGAAAAUAUGAACGUGUGUGUGCUAUGACAGCAUAAGUUUGACCCCCAUUUCCCGCAUACAUACAGCACAUACAUCAAGCCAGGUAUCCCUGUGUAAACAUCCAUCCACUAGUCCUACAGCACAAUGAGGAAACAGGAGAGAGAAAAGCGGUGGGAAGGCAGGGAGAGGACUCGUCCCCCUGCCGGCUGUGGAAAGCUAGAGCCGUUGGCUGAGUUUGAACACGGUUGUGCUCUGUGGCGCCUGAGUGAACUGUGCAGUUUCUGGCAGUUUAGUGUUUCCUGUUUCAAAAUAAAAAACAACAACUCAGUAGUAAAGCGCAAAAAAAAAAA